CCCUCCACGAGGUACGAUAUUCACUCACGCGUCGAGGAGCAGAACCAUAACAACAACGAUGGCUCUUUCUGCAUCGGGAUCCAAGUGCAUUUUUCGGGUUUUAUUCAAGAGGUGUGGUUUGUUGUCACGCGGGCAACUUCGUCCACUGUGCAGCGUGCCACCAGAUGAUGACAAGGCCCCAGAGAAACAGGAGUUGCCUGAAACAAAGGCCGAUGACAAGAAAGCGGCUGCAAAGAAGAAACUGAACGAUUUGCUUGCAUCGUUAGCAACGACUGACCGAAUUCCCGUGGAGCGCACAAGCAGCUUGAAGCUCUCACAGCCAAAACCUCGUCAGAAAACCAAGCCCCCCAAAGCAAAUGAUGAAGCACCACAACCGCCAGAGGAACAAGUCGUUGAACCUGAGCUUGCCGCAGCCACCAAGGAGGUAGCCAAAAGUCUAGGUGGGGACGUAGAAGCCACAGAAUCCGAGCUGUUGUCCACCUUAAGAUCUCACGCCUUGGAUACCUCUGCUAGUGAGAAGCCGUCAACGAAUCUAAGUGAAUUGUUUGUGGGGCUAAAAGUUGAGAGGAGUCAGAGCAAGCCCGUCUUUGAGCGUCCUCGCCGGAAGCGUUAUGACAGGAAUGACCAGCAAAGAAUGCAGCAAGGAACCCAGAGGCCUGAUGAGUUUGUACAGCCUACCAGGUUGGUGUCUAGGGAGUAUGUCCAAACUGAUAUCUUUGGAGGAGAACCCCUGAACAUAUUCUCUAGCGAAGAGAUUAUAGAAAAAGAGAUUGUGGAGUCAGCAUGCCCAAUGUGGGAUGCUACACAUGCCCGAGAGAUACAGCAGACUGUGGUGCAGCCUCCGAGCAAUGCCUUUGUGGAGAUGAUUCAGUGGACCAGACAGGGCAAGCUGUGGACCUUCCCCAUUGACAAUGAGAUUGGACUAGAGGAAGAGAUGAAAAUAGGAUUCCAAGAGCACGUGUUCCUGGAGCACCAUCUCGAAGGGUGGUGUCCCCGUCGAGGUCCCAUCAGACACUUCAUGGAGCUUGUGUGCACUGGUCUCUCAAAGAACCCGUACCUCACAGUGGAGCGGAAGAAGGCUCACAUUAUGUGGUACAAGAAUUACUUCGAGGAGAAACAUGACCUUCUGAAGGAAAUUGGUGCUAUUGAAGCAUAGGGAUUAAAGUGGGCUGAGAUAGGAGUUUUGAAUUGUUGAUGAUGAAAUUCAAGGGUUAAUAUGUGAAUGGAGUUUUAAUUAUUCAUUUUUCAAAGACUGAAGUAUGGAAAGUUUGGUCAAAAUUGGGAAAGCUAGGCUACUGUAUAACCACUGUAUUUUGGUCAAAAGUUCAUCGAUGACUUUAUUUUUGAUGCUUAUAUAUAAAUUGAAGUGGAUUACAUGUACGAGUGUACUGUAGUAAGUUAUAGAUAUUUGUAAUAACUGUAAAGAGGAAGAAAAAUGCCAUAUAUGAAUAUCAGUUUAUUUGUUAUAAUUGUGUAAUAAAGUGGUUUUGUUUGAUGAAUUUAUGUAUAUUAUGUAAAUAAAGACAAGAAUUUAUAUA